UGUUUGUUUAAGCUAAGGCGCCGUGGCCACAUGACCGCCUUGUUCGUGGUUUAUGUGCUAGGCUAACGCAAAUCGAGUAGCUACGUAUCGUGCGCAUAGCUGGGCUGGCGGAGUCCUUGUGGAUCUAAAAUAGAAAUUCGGGGGAAAAAGCACAAUGCCAGAACCGGCAGAGAUGAGCGGUCCAGAGGUAGCGAAGACGCCGGGCGGCAGCAGCGGCCCCGGGAAGGAUGGCAAGGAGCCGGUGGCCAACGGGCACGGAGAGAGCGAGCCCAACCCCUUCGCCGAGUACAUGUGGAUGGAGAACGAGGAGGAGUACAACCGACAGGUGGAGGAGGAGCUGUUGGAGCAAGAGUUCCUGGAACGCUGUUUCCAGGAGAUGCUGGACGAGGAGGAUCAGGAUUGGUUCAUUCCAGCGAGGGACCUCCCCUCGGGGGUGGGGCAGAUACAGCAGCAGCUGAACGGGCUGUCCGUCAACGACUGCAACACUGAGGACAUCGUGCGCAAAAGCAGCUUAAACCCAGAGGCAAAGGAGUUUGUGCCGGGAGUGAAAUACUAGGUCCUCCCCAGCAGGGGGCGGCCUUACAGAGACUCUGGUGAUCGUUACUAUGGCGAUCAUAUCUGCACUCACUCGGGACGGGCGCGUGGGAGACACGGCGAGGGAAAAACGAUGACAAAAAAAAAAAAAAAACUCUUCGAUAAGCUUUUUAUUUCCGUUUGUUUCAACAUGUAAACUGGGCCGGGGGAAGUGGAGGGUGGGGGGUGGGGGGUUGGGUUUGGCCACCACAGUGUUCCCUGUCGGACACGAGAGAUAUGGCAUCAUACUCUGUGUAGAGCCUAUUAUUUUGAUUUUCCUCUUAAUUCAAAGGGCCAAUCACACGAGUUCCUGUGGCUAGCAGUAUUUCCCUGAUCAGGUUGUAUUUUUCUCCCCGUUUUUGUUUUGCAUCUUUAGGGCCGUGGUGUCCAGUGCUGGGGUGGGGUGGGGUGGGGCGGGGGGGAAAGGGGUUGGUUACCAAACCGACACGCAUACACGCACACACACACACACACACACAUACACACGUCAGACAGUCGAUCUUGCUAAAUCUAUAGGAAAAGCCUGGGGAUUUACACAGACUCUUUUUUUUGAAAGUCAGAAUACUGACAUAAAGUACGAAUUUCAUUAAAAAAAGGAAGAAAAAAAGACAAAUAAAGAUAAAAACGGGUACCUUUUGGACCAUCA